CCUUCUCUGCUUACUUAUCAAGCCCCCAACUAACUCUCGUCUUGUUCCUCUUCCUCCGCUCCUUUACAUGUUUCUCCUUGACACUGACUGGAGAUAGAGAGAGAGAGAGAGAGGAGAGGGAGAUGGCGAACAUCUGCGGUGACCCGGGAAAGGCUCAUGUGGCGGCGGAUUACUGGCCGUCUAGCCCAGAUGACGAAUCUGUUCUCCAAGAACAUAAUUCAGGGACAAUGAACUCCAAGGCAAGCAGCAGUGCCGCCACCAGCGUCAUGGCCUCUGUCGGCAGCGACGGUUCAAACGGUGGAACCAAACAGGGGUCUUUCCUCGAAGGCCAAAUACUGGAGACACCGAACCUCCGGAAAUUCACAUUCCUUGAGAUCCAGACAGCUACCAGGAACUUCAGGCCAGAUGGUCUCAUUGGGUUCGGGGGAUUUGGGUGGGUGUACAAAGCGUGGGUCGAUGAGAAGACGAUGAACCCGACAACGAGUGGCCCUCGCAUGGCUGUUGCUAUUAUGCAUGGAAAGGAGGAAUGGCAGAAAUUUCUGACUGUCCACUUGCAAUCGGACAUAAAACUUUUGGGAAGGUUCUCUCAUCCAAACCUUGUCAAGCUACUGGGCUACUGCUGGGAGGGCAUGGAACUAUUUCUUGUGUACGAGUUCAUCACCCAAGGAAGCUUAGAAGACCAUCUAUUCUUCAGAGGAGGAUGUGCUCCACUAUCAUGGGAAAUAAGGCUUAAGAUCGCCAUCGGUGCAGCACGAGGACUUGCAUUCUUGCAUGCAUCAGAGAAGAAAGCUAUGUACCGUGACUUCAAGGCUUCCAGGAUUCUUCUAGAUGCAGACUAUAACGCGAAGCUCUCUGAUUAUGGGCUUGCUAAGCUUGGGUCAACCGGCAACUCGCGUAUGACUAUCAUGCCCACGCGUACCCACGGGUAUGCAGCUCCGGAAUAUGUAAUAACUGGCCUUCUGUAUGAGACGAGUGACGUUUACGGUUUCGGGGUUAUGAUGCUGGAGAUGUUGUCCGGUCAGCGAGCGAGGGAUCCCAACCGCCCAAAGGGGCAAAUGAGCAUCAUUGACUGGGCAAAGCCCUUGGUUGACCGAAGAAAAGUCGCUCGUCUUAUGGACCCCCGGCUCAAGGGGCAGUUCAACUCGAAACAAGCCCUACAGGCGGUGCAUGUGGCGCUGAGCUGCCUUGACAGGGAGCCUAGUUGCAGGCCCUCGAUUAAGGUGGUUCUCGAGGCGCUCGAGCAGAUCUAGGCAAUGAAGGGCUGCGGAUAUCUUCAUCUAUGAUGUUGCUUUUGUUUUAUUGUAUACAUUUAUAAGCAUGUUGAAUGAGUUUCUGUUGGGAUGACCAUGCAAACAUGAUCGGUUCCUGGCUUGAAAGAUGAUUCUGUGCUUGUCGGUUCCUGCAUUUCGGGUUGUGUGCUUGUCGCACCUGUAUUUUAUUUUAUUUUUGUUGGACAUUGAACUAGAUUUCCAUGUCAUAGCAGUAGUGGAAUGGAAGAAUUGAUCAAUGGAAGCUCCACAAAUUUGGGAAAUUAUUGAGUGACACAACUUGCCGGUCGAUGGAGGUUGGAGGCGAUGCUGAAUUACUUGCUGAAAGGGGAUCCAAUCUGAAGAGUCAGGUCUACGUACUUAAGGAGUAAGCUAGAACAGUGUUAAACUGUAUGAGUAGUAGAUUUAUUG